AUGCCAGUACGACUCAAACGAGGACUGCCGCGAGAAUCCUGCAACUUUUGCCACGGGCGAAAGAUCAAAUGCGAUCGGUCACUGCGUGCAAAAGAGGGACAUACCUCAUGUUCACAGUGUGCCUUACGUCAAAGUCCUUGUCGUUUGGAUGAUCCGACGGAGACACGUACCCCUUCGCGUGCUCGCGAAACUGCCCGCGGAGGUAAGACGGGCCUAAAUUUAGGUGAUGGAGAUGGCAUACUACCACGCGGUGAUAACCCAGAAGCCACUCCCUUUGCUUCAACAUCUCAACCAGAACCUCUCCAGCUGCAGGAAUAUGACCAGUCCACUUCGAUACAUUAUCCAGAUAUUAUGUUCGAUGAAAAUUUUCUUACUCUGAGCCGUGACAACAUCUUCUUUCUGGAUCAAGUUUUCAUGGACGACAACGGAGAAGCAAGAUGGCUUGCCGACGAUCAGGGUGUUGGUGUUACUAUUAGUAAUACUAGUAAUAUUGAUGAAGGCCUUUCUGGCCUGAGCGAACAACAAGCUCAGCAAUCGACGGAAAUAUCCUCUUGGCCAGACGGCGUUACAGAUUCGAAUACCGCUUUUACUGCUGCAAUAAAUUGCUACUUUAAGUUCGCAGCACCAUGGUUGCCGAUUCUCCUGGAAGACGCCUUCUGGGAAGACUACCGCAACGGACGGGCCAGCCAUGUUCUCGCCUCCGCUGUAGCCUGUCGCGGUAUGCCCUUCACUGCAGUUCCCGAUAGGUGGAAUAUUCAGCAGCGAUUUGCUCGCGAUUUCCGAGAGGCAUAUCUCGGUGCUCGGAGCAUCGCUUCCGAUGAUGGUUCAAUUAGACUCGAUGAUCUCGAAGCGCUGGCGCUCAUGGUUAAUUUCGAGUAUGAUGACACUGAUACUCCGCCUCUUCAUUCAAAUCUGGGAAGGCUGUUUUUAAAGCAUGAAUCGCUGGUCUUGAUGACGUUACAGUCUCGUAUCCAAGAUCGUGUUUCCACGAGUUCUGGCUCAAUGGUGUCGCUGGCGAGAGCUCGGGAGCGACGCGUGCUUCUUUACUGGCACGUCUAUGGCCUUGAUGCCUUUCACUGUUUGGAUCGAAAGCAGAUCUCUCUAAUUCCCGACAAGAACAAAAGCGAAAAUGGCAAUUUGCCUCCGCACGAGGUUAGUGACUUUCUCGACGCCGUCCUUGAACUUGCAGUCAUUGCUCGAAAACUUCUGCAGCGACUGUGCAGUGAAUCGGCAAAACGUUCUGGUGUUGAGCCCAACGAUGUGCAUGACUUAUAUGAACAAAUCUAUCACUGGAGGAAUCAAACCUGUCCUCCGCAUUUACGGAGGCAUGAAGAAAGUCUCGGGGUACUGGCAACUCAGGAUAAGAAUGAGGAUUACCCCACUGAAAUGCAGAGACACAUUCAACUCCAUCGGGCUGUACUAUGGGCAUUAGAAAUCAAUUGUUUGAUGCAAGUUGAGUGCGCUGUAUCCGACUUUGGCAUCCGAGACAGUGCGAACUUACGAGCAGACAUAACUGCAGCACGUGUGAAAUAUGAAAGCCUACGUGCUUUGAACAACACCAUUUCCAUAUGUCACUGGAUCGAUCUACACACCAUCAGCGACGAAGAUGGCAAGCAGCACUCUCUAGUCGACCUCGCGCCGUUGGCCUUGCGCAAUGUUUGUGCCGGGCUAUGCUAUUGGUCAUGUCAAAAUUUGAACGACACCUAUUCGACUCAAAUAUCAAAGAAGCCUGCCCUUUCGGACGGGAGGCAAGCCCGAACCGAUGGACAGAAUCACACAAUGGACGACCGUAUACAGAAUGCAAAGCUGUUGCGAGAUACAGCUGCAAAAGCAACAUCGCACAGGGAUACGGCCGAUAUCCUCGCGCGACUCGACAAACAAAUCACCAUGUUCAAGGCAACGUUGAGUAAUGCCUCGGAAGCUGGUUCAUGA